CAGGCCAUAAAGUGGCCUUCUCCUCUCUCCAGCUUGCCCGCCUGAGCCCUGGUGCCCUGGUGGCCGCGGCGGCUGCUGCAGAGGCAGUCGCGGCCGUUCUCUGGGGCCGAGUCCCGGGCUUGGGUGAACGGGAAGUGUCGGCGAGACGCCGGGGCCGAGCCCAGCCCCAGUCGCAGCCUCCAGCGGCGGCCAAUACGGUCCCACAGGCCUCGCCGCGCCCACCCCGGCCUGCCCCGCCCUGGGCUCCGCCCGCGGCCCGCCCGGUGCCCGGCCAGCCUCGGCCUCGAAACGGUGUGACAGCCCUGCCGCUCGGGGACCCGGCCGUCCCCAGGCUCCGGCCGUAGGGGGAGCAUGGAGUUUGCGGAGCUGAUCAAGACCCCGCGGGUGGACAACGUGGUGCUGCACCGGCCGUUCUAUCCGGCCGUAGAGGGGACCCUGUGCCUGACCGGCCACCACCUGAUCCUGUCCUCCCGGCAGGACAACACGGAGGAGCUGUGGCUUCUCCAUUCAAACAUUGACGCCAUUGACAAGCGAUUUGUGGGAUCGCUGGGUACAAUCAUCAUAAAAUGUAAAGAUUUUCGAAUUAUUCAGUUGGAUAUUCCUGGAAUGGAGGAAUGCUUAAACAUAGCCAGUUCCAUUGAGGCGCUGUCUACCCUGGACUCCAUCACGCUGAUGUACCCCUUCUUCUACCGGCCCAUGUUUGAGGUGAUAGAGGAUGGCUGGCACUCCUUCCUUCCUGAGCAGGAGUUUGAACUCUGUUCUUCUGCUACCAAUGAAUGGAGGCUAAGCUAUGUCAAUAAGGACUUUGCUGUCUGUCCUUCGUACCCACCAGCUGUCAUAGUGCCCAAGUCUGUCGACGACGAAGCUCUUCGGAAGAUAGCCGCCUUUCGGCAUGGAGGGCGCUUCCCAGUGCUAAGCUAUUUUCACACAAAAAACGCAAUGGUGAUUAUGCGGAGUGGCCAGCCGCUCACGGGCACUAACGGGAGAAGGUGUAAGGAGGAUGAGAAGCUGAUCAACGCCACACUCAGGGUGGGCAAGCGGGGCUAUAUCAUCGACACCCGCUCCCUGAAUGUGGCCCAGCAAGCCAGAGCCAAAGGAGGCGGCUUUGAGCAGGAAGCUCAUUAUCCCCAGUGGCGGCGUAUUCAUAAAUCCAAUGAGAGAUACCACGUUCUUCAGGAGAGCUUAGUCAAACUCGUGGAAGCCUGUAAUGACCAAACGCACAACAUGGACCGGUGGCUUGGCAAGCUGGAAGCCUCCAACUGGCUGAGCCACAUCAAGGAGAUCCUGACCACCGCCUGCCUGGCAGCGCAGUGCAUCGACAGGGAAGGUGCAUCCGUGCUGGUCCAUGGGACAGAAGGAACCGACUCCACACUGCAGGUGACCUCCCUGGCCCAGAUCAUCUUGGAACCGAGGAGCAGGACCAUCCGGGGCUUUGAGGCACUGAUAGAAAGGGAGUGGCUCCAGGCGGGUCACCCGUUCCAGCAGCGCUGCGCACAGUCAGCCUACUGCAGCAGCAAGCAGAAGUGGGAGGCGCCGGUGUUUCUGCUCUUCCUGGACUGCGUGUGGCAGAUACUUCGUCAGUUCCCCUGCUCUUUUGAAUUCAAUGAGCAUUUCCUCAUCGUGCUCUUCGAGCAUGCAUACGCCUCACAAUUUGGAACAUUUCUGGGCAACAAUGAAAGCGAAAGAUGCAAGCUGAAGCUGCAGCAGAAGACAAUGUCUCUGUGGUCGUGGGUCAAUCGGCCCAGUGAGCUGAGCCAGUUCACCAACCCUCUCUUCGAAGCCAACAACCUGGUCAUCUGGCCUUCCGUUGCCCCGCAGAGCCUGCAGCUGUGGGAAGGAAUUUUCCUGCGGUGGAACAGAUCCUCCAAGCACCUGGACGAGGCAUAUGAGGAGAUGGUGAACAUCAUUGAGUAUAACAAGAAGCUGCAGGCGAAGGUCAACAUCUUGCGGAGGCAGCUGGCUGAGCUUGAGACGGAGGGCGGGCUGCAGGGGAGUCCCUGAGCUGCCCAGGACCUGCCCACCUCACCUCGAGCCUGCCCUUCCAUUCCUCUGCACUCUGGAGCCUGGGGCAGGAGGCUUCACCUGGGACUCUGAUAUCAUGGCUUUGCUGAUACUGUAGAACAAAACUCACUCCAGUCACUCCUAUUUCAUGUGGCCUGCCAGGCAGCCCUGUGCUGUGGGAGCCGGAAGGAGGUGCCCGGCUUUGCUUUUCACUGGUGUCCAUGACCUAGCUAGCCAUUCGCCCGGCUGCCUCCACCUCCACCUCCACCUCCACCUCCAACCCGUAUUCCAGCCCAGUCCAGGAUACAAGACUCGUCAGGAAAUAGCUGAUGGUAAAAAAAAGGGUCAGGCUUUUAAGCAUUCAGUGUAGAAAUGUUUUCCAAAGCUGAGAUGGUGGGUAACCAAGAACUUUGUGUCUAACCUGCCAUUUCCAUUACCUUCACUUGUUAAAGCAAUCCGUCUCUGUAAAACAGUUUUAGGCCUAACAAAACUGAGUUCAUUCUCAUUCCGGCUUGUCAAGAAGGGAGAAUUGAAAUUCUACUCAACAUGAAUUCGUCCUACAAGGCUUGCACAGGUAGGGUUCUCUGAUAUUUACAGGGUUACAUUUCUUCUAAGAGGAGACCAAAAAGGUAUGUGCAGUAUAGAAUCAGAGUGAGGGUCUGUUACCCAUGGAGAACUGGUACUGUUGGAUUGGGUUGUCAGGUUUCGGGCCCUACAUAUAAAAUGCCUAUCAAAUGUUGACUGUGAACCGAAACUUCACUUACAUAGGUCUGUUAAGUUACACAGACAGUUUCCUUAAGCCUGAGCCGCGCUGCCCUGUCUGAAGUUCUUACUGCACUGGUUUAUACCUGUCUGUGUGUCUAUGUGUUUUACUUAAUUUUUAAGUAUUCAAAGAGUUUACUGAUGCAAAGGUUAAUAUUGUUCUCGUUGGCUCGAGCAGCUUGCAGCUUCAUCUGGGCUGCUUAACUGUCCGUUUUGUGUUAGGCAAAUGUGAUUUAACUGGAGCCUUUGAAUAUGGUGCAACCCUACUUGAAACCUCCAGGAGUUCCGGCAGUGUCUCAGUGUCACCAAGCAGCCUGGCUGCCGCUGUGACAUGCCGGUUUGUUUACACCUGCUGUGUUCACUCCUGGCUCAUUGUUCCUCUUCUCAACACACUGCUCCUUUCAUCAGCACUGUCCAUUCUGGCUUUCUCAUUGAGGAAUAGUGUUUAAUUUAAUUUCCACACCAUCUGUGUACAACCACUGCAGUGUGGAUCCCACCUCAGAACUUCUGUGUUGAGGCAAAAAUACCGCUUUAAAAAUUGACUCUGGCAAGAUGGACAGCCACAUCCAGAAGCCAGAGCACACAGCCAGUGCUUCAUAUCUCCGGUCACCGAGCCUUCCCUGGCCACCUCCUUCCUGAGACUGGUGGCAAAGCCCUGGCGACAACCAGUGGUCCAGAUCCUUGGGCUGAGUUUCCCCGCCUUCUCACCAAGCUCACUUUUGUUCUUGGCUCAUUUUCCUGGCUGCAGUUUUAAAUCCUAGGACACAAAUCCCUCACCAAAAGAUGGAGGGAACCAGGGAGCACGGCCCUGCCUGGCUCUGCCUGUGUCCCUUGCUGCCUCCUUGGUGAUGGCUCCUGGCAGCGGCUGGCAGUGUGGGCUUGUGUCGCUGACUUCUUUGUUUUCUCCAGGCCACACAGGAAGAAAGAUACUUUUCUUAUUUUGGGCCUGUAAGGAAAAUCACCUGAGUUUCUCUUCCUUAGAUCCUUCCAAGUGACACCCCCCCCCCCCCCCCCCGCCAGCCCUCCUGUGGACCGGGCUUGUGCGGUGGGCCCGCUUGGGUGCAGUGCGUCUGUGCUGUCUGUGCUGGUAAACACAGUGCUGUCCCCUGGUAAACAGUGAGCCAGGCGGUGCCGGCACAAGGUUCUAGUUCCUCUUUCUUUCCCUACAGAGACAGCAUUCGUCACUGUUCCUGCAAUCUUGCUUCUUAGUACUCACUUAUAAGGAGGGGUCAUCCAGGCUUCAGGUCUCCUUGCAGGUUGUAAAGACAAACUCUGGUCUCUGUGUGCUUUGAGCAGGGCCAUUUCAUAACGCAAUCGGGGGAGAGCACACAAGCCAGGGUGAUUUGAAGGUGUUUUAACAAUACAAUUCAAUUACCCUGCCCUUGGGUGAGAAGAAGAAAUAAAUGGAUAUGCCCAAGAGAAGAUUCUCGGCAAGCAUUAGGUUUAGGGAGUUGCCUGUGAUUAAAAACAAAAUGUGGUUUUAAAAACUUCGAAGAAAGAAAAGGGAGCUGAAUCAGGGAGCGAGCGAGUGCACUGCAGGGCUAGGAAGGACUGAGCUGGAUGCGCUCGGACUUGGAUGUGUCCGCCACGGCUGCCGUCUCUGUUCCAGUGGAGGGGGCCAAGUGGAUACUGCAGUUGUAAAGUGGGGUCAUAAAGAAGCCCCACGAAGACCAUUUUAAACACACAGAGGACCGCUGUCGUCCUGUGUCAUUAAGACAAGGGUUCUCAGGUUUAAAUGAAUAGUUUUUGAAAACCAGAACAUAGCUAAUGUUUUUGGUCUGAGACUUUUCAGUAAUUAUUUGGUCCAAAUUAUUAGGUUUGAAGAAAAGCAGAAAUAAUAAACUAAUAGUUUACACUGAGCUAUAAAUGUAUUUUAUUUCUAAGAAAAACAAGGCUGCCGAAGUAAGAUUUUUACAGUGAUUUUUGGGCAACCUUAGGAGGACCAUGACGGAUAUUUACUGAAAAUCCCACAGAAAGGACUUUAAAACUUCUUUAUAAAGAAUUUAAAAGGGUUUGAACUUUGAGGCCUGACUUAGAAGUAGGAUCUCAUUUAUUUUAAAAGAUGUAGUGGAAUUUGAGUCUUUCAUUCAGCCAGCAAUUGGUUUACAUUUUUAAAAAAAUCAAUAUCAUGGGAAAGAUUUGACCAGUAAUUUAGUGUCUUGAGGUGAAAAAUAGUAACAUUUCGUUUCAUUUUGAAAAAUCUGCUUAAGUAAGCACAGCGGUUUUCUGGUAUCAGAGAACUGCUGUGGCUGGUCCUGGGUCAUCGGGAGCCUUUACUUUCAUACCUCACUCUGAGGCAGAGGCUUUACUCCUUCCCCACACGCAGAUGGAAGAGGUGAAAGCUGCAUGAACAUUCUUCAUGAGAAAAAGUACUUCCUGGACAGCAGCUGGGCAGUGUUUAGAACUGUUCCCGUCCUGGGCCCCUGACCCUCCCCAGGGCUGAGGUCACAGGGCACAUCCGGGACAGGUGUGCGCUACACCUGCCGCCACUUCCACUCACCGCUGCUAUUCCUUUCCUCGAAGAAACCCCUUCCAGAGCUAUUAUUUUAAGUUAUUGCCAAAUAGUAUUUUUGUGUUUUUCACGGUGAGAACAGAAAACAUCGAAAGACUGACUUCUGUUUUAUUUAUUCUUAGAUGAUAUGAAAUGCUAAUUUUUUAUGUCAGUUUUCCAGUGUUUCGUUUCUUAAAUAAAACUGUUUUUACCUUCACUGAAUCUCUAUGACCCCCUGUCAACAGUGUCUCCUUUUUUUAAACCAGUGGUCUCAGAGGAGUCCAUGUGAAAUUCCAGGACUGGGUUUGAAAAGUACUGAACUUGUUACCUAAGUUCUAAGAGACAUAAGGCACGGUCUCUAAGCAGAGCAUAGUUUAUGUUCAGCUGAAGGUCGGCAUUGGAGCUCCCUGUGGACCCCGCAUCCUCCUGUCCUGACCGGAGCUCCCUGGCUGUGCAGCCACCUGCAGGUCUAGGGAUGGAGCAGGGCUGUGCGGCACUGGCCCCGUGUGUCAGACCAGUCACUCGCCUCACUUUUAAACUGCGUGUGUCCUUGGUGAGGUGAGUUAUUCUACAUUAUUCAGAACCCAUGUAGGUCUGGUCCCAUCUACACUAAAAAUACUGUACUUGCACAACUUAGUUUAUAGAAAACAGAAUGGGUAUCUCUACUAUUCCGGUAUGUGGGUUGCACUCUUGACAUAUUUGAAUGUGACUCUUGGAUUUAAGUGCACUAUGAGUCUCGUCCUCCAUGUAAAAUUGCACUGUAUGGCUCAUGUGUCUGUAAUGUAUGCUUUGCUGAACCUCAGAGUGCUGUAAGGUUAGGGUUUUUAUAUUGUGAACCUAAGUAUAUAUAUAUAUAUAUAUAUAUAUAUAUAUAUGCGUGUUUAUAUAUAGCAUUAGGGAAAUCCUGAACUUUUGCAAAUCUGUGUAACCUUUUAAUAUUCUUUGUAAUAUUUACUAAGUGAUGAGUUCACUUAUGUCCUGUAAUUGGGCUUGGUCACCUGGAAUUGGCUGGUUUAACAAGCUGAGUGUGCGGAGUCAAGCAGCAGUCUCAUCGAAUGUGACACUGUUCUCAGUGUGUGACGCUUGUGUAUGGUGUUCCCCCCCAGCCACACAGGACAACACGUUGCACAGAUGCUAGUGUUAAAUUUCUAGACAAUGGUAAUAAAAUUUGAAUAUAUUCAAUGCUGAUAA